AUGGCAUCGAAUCCUCAAUCUCUACAACCUCCUCCACAAUCCCGCGCCGACCAGCGCCCAACAUACCCCGCCCUCGCACACCCUGGUCCCGGCGUCGCAACGCCCACCACUGGCUCCGCGACGCAAACCAUAACUUCCACACCCACAGACACGCCACGAUCCUCACGCUCCCCCGAACCAAGCCUUGUGCUCCGUCUGCGCGGCGCGCACACUUCGCGAACGCAUACGCAUACGCAGCCCAAUGAGAACGAAAUGGACGAAGAAAGCGAAAGCCGGCCACGCAUCCGGUGGGCGGAAGAUGUGGUGGACAACGAGGGUCUAGGCCGCAAGAGCAGCAAGGUGUGCUGCAUCUACCACAAGCCACGGGAGGUGGGCGAGAGUUCGUCCGAGGACGACAGUUCGAGCAGCAGUGACUCCGACAGCGGCGGAGCAAGCGACUCGGCUGACGAUGGUGGAGCUCGAAUGGCUGGUGGAAGUGGCGGCAGUAGGGGUCGAAAGGGCAAGGGUAAGAGGAAGCAUCGGCAUGAGAAGGACUGCGAGCAUGACCACGGCGCUGGGAAGAGGAGGCCUAGUCCCAACGCGUACGAGAAGAUGCCGCACUACGGGAAGAAAUCAUGA